AGCGCCUUUCCGCUUUUGAGUCACUCUUCGGCGGGGCUUCUUCUUUCUCCCGAGCGGAGGGAAGGAGAAGGGGAAGGAGGAGAAGGAGUGAGAAAGGAAGAAGGAAAAGAAGAAUUAGAUAGAGGAGGAGGAGGAGGAGAAGAAGGAGAAGGAAAAGGGGCAGGAGAAGAAGGAAAGGAGGAGAAAGAAGGAGUGGUGAAGAAGGAGAAUAAGAAGGAGAAGGAAAAGGAGGAAGAGGAGGAGGAAGAGAAGAAGGAGAAAAAGGAGGAGCAGCGCCUCUCGGCCGGACCGGCAGCGGCCAAGCUCGCAAUCCAGACUCAUCCCAGACUCAAAUUGCCGACCGCUUGUGAAUAGAGGCUUAAAUGAACAUGGCAACAUCGCCAGAGCCUGCUUUUCACUGGCACAAAUGAGAGCCGUGUCUAAAAAAAAGCCAUGCAGAGACUUCUCGGUGGGCAGCACAUGGCUGUGGAGCGAGCGGCGAAGGAGGAGGAGGGACCCUCUUUUCCGACUGAUGCUGCGCUUUGAAAGGCUUCCUCCUUAUAAGAAGAGUUGCUAAUUCAGAACUCGGUUCUCCCCUCCCCAAUGUGGCGAAUUCAGGGUGAUCUGACCACGGCUUGAAGGUGAGAAGUCCCAGCCUUUGCUCUUUGGAAAAACACCGAUCGAGUCUUUUGCUUUUCGUGCGAAGGGAGAGACGUUCAGACUGCCUGGAAUUAAAAUGCCAGCGAAAGGCAAAUACUUUUUAAACGAAAGCGAAGGUUGCAAGUUGACAGACCCCUUGUACGAGAAGUAUCUCUACGCAAGUCAACAACACCCACUGCUCUUCUUCCUGCUCUUCAUUGUGGUUGCCUAUUGCUCGACACUUAUCGUAGUGCUCCUCUCUUACGACGAACAUGCCGGUCAACAUCUGGCCUUUGUUAUCACAGUGAGCAUUGCUCUCAUUAUCUUCAUCAUCAUGUAUGUUUUAGUUUACGUCGAAUAUUACUUUUGGUGCCAGCUGAAGCUCUUUGCGGUCGUGAUCUGGAUCAGCUUGCUGGCCAUCGGAUACGUGUCCAUUUUCGACAAGGAAAACCCUAAACCAGCUGCCUGGGAACAGGUACCAUUUUUUCUGUUCAUCAUCUUCACGACAUACACCAUGUUGCCCUUGGCUAUGAGAGAUGCUGUCAUAGUCAGCUCCCUUUCUGCCCUCUCCCAUAUUAUCGUCCUCAGCGUUGCAGCAGCCAAACACCCACAGAAUCAGCACACCUUGCUCCUUCAGCUUGUUGCAAAUGCUUUCAUUUUCCUUUGUGGCAAUUUGCUGGGGGCCUAUCACAAGCAUCAGAUGCAAGACGCCUCGUGGGACCUGUAUCGCUAUACCUUAAAAUGCAUCCAAGUCCAAAUGAAAUUAAAAAUCGAAAAAAGGCAGCAGGAAAGCUUGCUCCUGUCUAUCUUGCCAGCUCAUAUAUCCAUGGAAAUGAAACUAGCCAUCAUUGAGCGCCUGAAAGAAACCAGCGACAUGAAAAAGCAUGACAAUAAUUUCCACAGCCUCUAUGUGAAACGGCACCAGAACGUCAGCAUCCUGUAUGCAGACAUUGUAGGGUUCACUCGCCUGGCAAGUGAUUGUUCUCCGAAGGAGCUGGUGGUGAUGCUGAAUGAACUGUUUGGAAAAUUUGACCAAAUUGCAAAGGAAAAUGAAUGUAUGAGGAUAAAAAUUUUGGGAGACUGUUAUUACUGUGUCUCGGGCUUACCUGUGUCCUUGCCGGUACAUGCCAAAAAUUGUGUGAAAAUGGGCCUUGACAUGUGCGAAGCGAUAAAGCAAGUUAGGGAAGCCACAGGGGUGGACAUCAACAUGAGAGUCGGCAUACAUUCCGGAAAUGUUCUUUGUGGGGUGAUCGGACUUCGGAAAUGGCAGUACGAUGUUUGGUCCCACGACGUCUCCUUGGCCAACCGCAUGGAAUCGGCAGGCAUCCCUGGCCGCGUGCACAUCACGGAAGCAACCCUCAAUCAUCUCGGCAAAGCUUAUGAGGUGGAAGAAGGAAAUGGGCACCUCCGGGAUCCGUAUCUUGAAACCAUGAACAUCAAGAGUUAUUUGGUGAUUGACCCCAGGUCAAAACAGCGUGCCACCAACAAUCAUUUUCCUCAAUCCAGAGUGCAAGAUGGCUUGAAGAUGAGAGCCUCUGUCCGGAUGUCACGAUACUUGGAAUCCUGGGGUGCAGCUCGUCCUUUUUCUCACCUCAACCACCGAGAGAGUGUGAGCAGUGAGACUUCUGCGCCCAACCGCAGACGCAGGAAGGAGAUAGCCCUGCAACUCGCAAGUCGUCAGAGGACCUCGGAGAGUUGGGAUGGAUAUAGACCACACCAGUUAUGUCCUCCUUCUGUUCUAACCUAUAAAAAUACCUCUCAGAAAGGAAGAAUGGAAGAAGAAAUUAACGAUAAAAUGAUGUCGACCAUUGAGGGCCUGAGUUCAGCCAAACCAUGGUGCGGUAAAAAAGAUGAUUUCCGUGGAGUGUGUGGCUUUUUGCUCUGCUUUGUUGAAACAGGACUGGAAAAAGAGUAUCGUACAAUUCCUAUUCGCAAAUUGAGGGGUUAUUUUGUGUGUGCUGGCAUUGUUUUGCUCUGCAUGUUUACAGUACAGAUAUGCAUUAUGCCAUGGUCACAAACAUUAGGAAUCUCAUUUGGGGUCGUAGCAGUCAUCAUGGGGCUGAUUUUGUGUGUGUGCUUUGCGGAUGACUGUUGGAGUUGCUGCGCAAAGCGAUGGCCGCUAACACGCUACUUCCGCCUGCUUUCUGAGAAAGUGGAAACGAUGCCCUCCAUCAGGCUUCCCCUGGCCAUCCUUGCCCUCGGCUCGCUGCUGAUCCUUGCUGUUUUCAAUCUGCUAGUGAGCCAGUCUGGUGGACAACGUACCUCACCAAAUUCCAACCCACUGCCAAGAAACCAUUCAGAUACUGAAGAUGGAUCAUCUAAUAUGAUUACCAUCUACCCGUAUUAUGCCUACUGCUGCCUCCUGAGCUUCAUUGCCUGUUCUGUGUUUCUCCGAAUGAGUUUUGAACUCAAGCUACUGCUGCUCUCGGGAGCCGUCGUGGGAUAUUUCAUCGUAUUUAACCGCAAUCCGUAUGUCACUUGCGACCCGGACUGUGCACAGAGGCUUUUUAUAAAAAAUCCCAGAGUGAUGAUCAAUUUGUACCUGGCACUCUUUUAUAUAACUCUGGUUCUGUUGUCCAAGCAGAUAGACUAUUAUUGUCGUCUGGAUUGCCUACAGAAAAACAAAUUCAAAAAGGAACAUGAGUCAUUUGAAACCAUGGAGAAUGUAAACAGGCUACUGCUUGAAAAUGUCCUCCCAGCUCAUGUGGCGGCCCAUUUUAUUGGGGACAAAUUAAAUGAGGACUGGUAUCAUCAGUCUUACGACUCCGUGUGUGUCAUGUUUGCCUCAGUCCCCGACUUCAAGGUAUUUUAUACGGAGUGCGACGUCAACAAGGAAGGACUGGAAUGUCUUCGUCUCCUGAAUGAGAUCAUUGCUGAUUUUGAUGAGCUGCUGCUAAAGCCUAAAUUUAGUGGGGUUGAAAAAAUCAAAACUAUUGGGAGCACGUACAUGGCAGCAUCUGGACUCUGCGUGGUCCCUGGUCAAGAGAAUAAUGUGGAUCAAGAAAAACAGUGUGCUCAAAUUGGCAUCAUGGUGGAAUUCGCCAUCGCCUUGAUGACUAAACUAGAUGGGAUCAACCGCCAUUCGUUCAACAAUUUCCGUCUCCGUGUUGGCAUCAAUCAUGGACCGGUAGUAGCUGGUGUGAUCGGUGCCCGCAAACCCCAAUAUGAUAUUUGGGGAAACACAGUCAAUGUUGCCAGCAGAAUGGAAACUACUGGAGAACUUGGGAAAAUCCAGGUGACGGAAGAGACAUGCAAAAUACUGAAGAGCUUGGGAUAUGCUUGUGAGUGCCGAGGACUGAUUAAUGUGAAAGGAAAAGGAGAAUUGAUCACUUACUUUGUCUGCACCGACACAGCCAAAUCCCAAGUUUUUUGACCCGAAAGAGAAGAGGCUGAGAAAUUACAUUUGAAAUUUCUUGUUGGACUUCGUUUUUAUUUUUUUUAGCAACGGUUAAAUUCUGUCAUCUUCCGUAAAGGAGUUUUAUGCCGAAUGUCUGUGCUGGCGUUUUGCGUCUCAAGAGAAGAAAGCAAGAGGUUCUUGAAAGAUGUUUAUAGUCGAGUCUACUGGAUGCCAUUUUUUUUUUCUUCCUGCCACAGGGGACCCAGAAUUUUCUGUGGACUGGCAGCCGAGCGGGUUGCUUGCUUCAAGAUGCCCUGCCCUUUUGCUUCAUCCUUGCCUUCUCGUGAGGAUAGAUUGGAGGAUUGCGAUAGCACUGCCUUGAGCAAAAAUCAGAUGACAAUAGACUGGGUUGGAACCUGGAUCUGGAAGGCCUUUUUAGGUAGAACUACCAUCUGCUCUGCCAUUAAAUUGUGAUCCCUCCUCUCACUGUCCAUUAGAACCGCCCUCAGAUCUGCUGCAGAUCCCCCCAAACUGCACUUCCACUUUUCUCUUCAACUAAUGUUUCAAGACUCAAAAAUACCUUCCUUGCAGUCCUUCUAUACCAGUGGUUCUCAACCUGUGGGUCGGGACCCCAUUUGGGGUCAAACGACCAUUUCCUGGGGGUUGCCAAACAACGCAGUCCGCCAUUUUUUUCCCCCUUUUCCUUAGCUGUGCUGCUCCCUUUUAUUCUAUUGGCUUUUGACCGGUUGGGGGUCGCGGCAUUAAAAAGGUUGAGAACCACUGUUCUAUACCAUUACAAAAUAAAUUAGACCUGUCUGUUUUCAUCGCUACUUACCUCAUUUCUGUUCUGGAAGGAACAGCCUAAGGGAGAACUUCCCCAGCUAAUGCAGAUUUGCUUUUCUGGAACUCACUUCUUGGACUUGGUAUCAACAACACUUGUGGGUUUGAGUCUUAAAUGUGCUUGUUUUUUUUAGGGUUGAAGGACUCUAAGCCCUUUCCUUCCUUUUUCUCUUGUUUGUCUUUGCAAGAUGCGAUUUGAGUUCAACAGCCAUUCAGUGGCCUAUAGUAAUGUGGAAAUUCCUGCAUUCUCAGUGUAAAAUCCAGGCUCUUUCUUAAUUAGAAACCCUGCUUAUAUAAAUUAUGGGCAAUUCCUAGUACAACUGUACUACUAAUUCUAAAAUAGAAUGGUGGAUUAAUCUCCCAAAUGGGUUGCGGUGCAGAGAAGCUAUUGGGCCUUUUUUUUUUUCCCCCUUGGUGUCAGAAACACCCUCAUUAUUUUAAGUGACGUAGAGCAUUACGCACAGGGCCUCCGUGUCCCUGGCAGCUUCUGUUCAAACACUGCAUACUAAGUAAAAACUGUCCAUAUUGUCCUGCCGAAUUUUAUCUUGUGUAGGUUCGCAACCAAAAUGAACAAGAAGCAGGCCAGGUAGUCCUACAGGUAUCCCUUGAUUUAUGACCCACUUGGGAUCAGAUUUUGCACUGCAGUCGUUAAAUGAAUCACCCGAUUUUAUGACCUUGUUUUUCCACGGUUGUUAAGCAGGUCAACUGUUGUUAAAGGAACCACACAGCCGUUAAGUGAAUCCAGCUUACCGUAUUAAUUUUGCUUGCUGGAACCCAUUUGGGAUGUUUGAAAACAGCGAUCAGAUGACCCUGAGACCAUCAAACAAAUAUAUCCUGGUUGUCAAGUGCCCAAAUUUCGACCGUGUGUGUCGUGGUUACGAUAGAUGAGACCAGUAAAAAGAACUCCAAGGAAAAAAAGUUUGGCUACAUAACUUUGGCUACGUAAUAUCAGCAUGUUCAAAAGUGAACCCAAGACUGAAACAACCUCCCCCCCAAGGCUAUAAAGUUACAAGUGAAACUUCCCACCUCUGUAGUAUGUCAUAAAUCUCAUCUCCCAAUUAACUACUUGCGUGGGCUUUCUAACAAAAGAUACAACCUGCCAAAAUGCAGCUAGCAAUGACCUUGGUUCCCAUGUAUUGUUACAGCUAAGAUAAAACUCUCAUCUCCUUCCUCCCAAGUCAGUGGCAACCGAAAACGAAGGGAAAACGGCUUCAGCUAAUUUUGUUGUAGAGUUGACACCGUGGAAAUGCCGCAAGGGAAAAAGUGCGAGGACCACUUACUUUUUAAAGGGUCGUUGUAAGUUGCAUUGGCCACUAAAUGAAUGAGGACUACCUGCACUGUGUCUGUGCCAGCCUCGUCUAUGUCUCUCCCUACUAUUCAUCUCUACUCUUAUUUCAAAGUAUGAUUUUGCUUUUUGCAUCAGGAUUUCUGAAGGAUCCAUGGGCCGUUUUAAAGCAUUGCUAAUCUUUAGCAUCAGCUGAAGGUGGGUUUUGACUACGUGGGAAGCCACACCACAAAGUGUAACGAAACCGUGAUGCACUUCAGGGAAGGGUUGGGGGGAAAACAUGUUGUUAAAGCACAACAAGAAUGCUACUCGUGAAAUAAAAUUAUUGUCUGAAAAAGUCCACAGCAAUGCUACCUUAUCUACACAAAUUACAGUUUCUUUUAGAUGGGACUAUGGAAUUGAACACGCAACUACGGAAAGGUGUUUUGUUUGACACCUCUGAUAUUGUGCAAAAUUAGGGCAACCAAUUGAAAGAAUGAUUUCCUUGUGCAUCAAAUCUAGAACAAGCAGGAAGAAAGGACAGCAUUUAUUUAAGAUUAUCUCUAAAGUACUAGUGACUUUUGUUGACUGGUACUGUUAAGGACUGCCUAUAUUUUGCUGUGAUUUUAUUCCUGCUAGAUCCAUUUGUGUAAGGCUUUUUAGAAUGCAUUUUAGAUAUAAAGAUUUAUAGAUUUGAAGAAAUUGGAGUAUUCUCUGGAGUAAAUCUAUUAAUGAGGACUGCUCGUAUUCAUUUUGAAAAAGCUUCACAGCGCAGUUCAGUUGACUGCAAAUCCUUUUAUGCUGAACCCUGUGUGCACCCUUUAUUGUGUUCAUUAUAAUUACUGUGUAAUUAAUAUGUGGAGGAUGAAUUUCCUACGUUUCAUGAUGGGAACAAACUUCUAGUGAGGUCUUACUAUAGAUAAAGGACUUUUAGAAAGUCUUAGGAGAUUAAAGUAGAUUCUUUUCAAGAGUAUUAAGAUAAAAUAAUCCUGGGUAGUGUUAAAAAGGUUGGGCAACUGUUUUAAGUUAAUGUGAAUUAUUACUUUUCCUUUCUUGUUUUUAUUGUACAUUUAUUACAAGUUUGGUUUUUAAAAUAAAAGGCAGAAUGUUUUGCUUCAGAAAUUCUCUACUAACAUUUGAAAUAAUUAGCUUUGACAACUGCUCUCAAAGGUAUGUCGACAGAAGCGUUUGCGAAGUCGUUGUUUUCUAUCGUGCAUUAUAUUGCUGUUCCAGGCAAACUGGUCUAAGCUAUGUUGCUUCCACUUUUUAAUUCUUCUAUAUUAAACGUUUCAUCUUA